CAACCGUACCUCACCUCCAGAGUCAAGAGUCAACCACAGACGACGCGCGCAGCCCGGACCCGCCCCACCACCGCACCCCACCACCACCACAAUGCCCGACUUCGCCUCCCUCGGCGUCGACAAAUGGCUCGUGGACUCACUCUCCGCGCUCUCGAUCCGGCGGCCGACACCCAUCCAAGCAGCGUGCAUCGGGCCUCUCCUGUCAGGACAAGACUGCAUCGGCGGCUCGCGCACCGGCUCCGGCAAGACGGCGGCCUUCGCCGUUCCGAUCCUGCAAACAUGGGCACGCGACCCAAUCGGGAUCUUCGCGGUGAUCCUGACGCCGACGCGCGAGUUGGCUUUGCAAAUCACCGAGCAGUUCCGGGCGCUCGGCGCAUCCCAGGGUAUCAAGGUGUGCCUCCUCAUCGGCGGCGUGGACAUGCGCACGCAGGCGCUGCAGCUCGCAACGCGCCCGCAUAUAGUCGUUGCAACGCCGGGGCGCCUCGCCGAUCAUGUGCGCUCCAGUGGCGAGGAUACUGUCGGCGGGCUUAGGAGGGUGAAAAUGCUCGUGCUGGAUGAGGCCGAUAGGCUGCUCGAUGAGACUUUUGCGGAGGAUCUGGGCGAGUGUCUUGAGAUCCUACCCAAGGCAGGGAAGCAGGGGAGGCAGACGGCAUUGUUUACGGCGACGAUGACGGAGGAGGUUAGGCAGCUGAAGGAGCUGGAGAAGGCGGCGGAGGGACGGAGGGAGGUGUUUGUCUGCGAGGUCGAUACGGAUAAAGUCGCCAUCCCCCCCACGCUCUCGCAGCGGUACCUGUUGCUCGCCAGCUACACACGGGAAGCAUAUCUGCACACCCUCCUAUCCACGCCCCUGAACCUCGAAAAAUCCACCAUAAUCUUCGUCAACCGCGGCACGACGGCGGUAACGCUGACGCACAUCCUCCGCCUCCUCGACCACCGGGUGACAGCACUCCACAGCCACCUCCCGCAAUCCGAGCGCACCGACAACCUGGGCCGUUUCCGGGCAUCCGCCGCACGUAUCCUGGUGGCUACCGACGUCGCCUCCAGAGGACUGGACAUCCCGACCGUCGAGCUAGUCGUGAACUUCGACGUCCCGCGGGACCCCGACGACUAUAUCCACCGCGUGGGACGAACCGCGCGUGCGGGCAAGGGCGGCGAGGCGAUAACGUUCGUGAGCGAGCGCGACGUGACGCUCGUCGAGUCGAUAGAGGCGCGAACGGGCAGAAAGCUGGAUAAGUACGAGGACGAGCCCGGGGUCAGUCUUGAGGGCAGGGUCGUCAGGGAGACGCUGCAGCUCGUGUCGGAGAAGAAGAGAAUCGCGAAGAUGGAUAUCGAUGAGGGGAGGAAUGAGAACGGGAAGCGUAAGAGGAAGCUGGUGGAUAAGGCCGCGAGGAGGAAGUUGCAGAAGUCGUAGGGAUAUGCGGCAGGUAAUGGCUGGUGGGGCGGGGCGUUUAAAAUGGAUUUUUUUUGGUUUAUUUGGGUCGAGUGAUGUGCUGUGCGAGUGAGUGAGUGGGAGAUACCCGGAAUGCACACUCCCGGGUAGUA